UCUCCACUCACAUCUUUUAAUCUUGAAGAUUUCAAAAUACGCCUGAAUCUCCCACUUUUUUGGAAAACUCCCAGUACCAAGCAAUAAAUUACCCACCGUGCUCUUGUUAUAGAAUAGAAGCUUUUGAGUUCUCCAUAUCUAAACAAGACUUCCUCCUGUUUUUCCAUGAAGCCACAUUGUUGCCUGUUCACUUUAGUGGUGAGUGUUACUGUGCCAGCUGCUUUUGUUUUGGAAGAUGUAGGCUUCACCCAAAUGGCCCCACUGGGAACAAAUCGUAGUUCCUUCAAUUCAUCCUUUCCUCCAAGCUUUGAGCUCUCAGCAGGUUCCCACUCAGGGGACGAUGUCAUCAUAGCCAAAGAGGGAACUAGUGUUUCACUCGAGUGUCUUCUCACAAUCAACCACUAUGAAGAUGUCCAUUGGUACAACUCAAAAGGACAGCACCUGGAUGGCAGAGGCAGAGGUGGAAAAUGGUUGGUUUCUGAUAACUUCCUGAAUAUCACCAGUGUAGUCUUCGAUGACCGAGGGCUCUAUACAUGUUUCAUCAGCUCUCCAAUUCGUGCCUCCUACUCUGUCACCCUGCGUGUUAUCUUCACCUCAGGAGACAUGAGUGUCUACUACAUGAUUGUUUGCCUGAUUGCCUUUACAAUCACCCUCAUCUUGAAUGUCACACGGCUGUGCAUGAUGAGCAGCCAUCUUCGUAAGACUGAGAAGGCUAUCAAUGAAUUCUUCAGAACUGAAGGGGCUGAGAAACUUCAGAAGGCCUUUGAGAUUGCAAAGCGCAUCCCCAUCAUCACCUCAGCCAAGACUCUGGAGCUCGCCAAAGUCACACAAUUUAAGACCAUGGAGUUUGCUCGUUACAUUGAAGAAUUGGCAAGAAGCGUCCCUCUUCCGCCCCUUAUUCUAAACUGUCGAGCCUUUGUGGAGGAGAUGUUUGAGGCUGUGCGAGUGGACGACCCAGAUGACAUGGGAGAAAGAAUUAAAGAGAGACCAGCCCUGAAUGGUCAAGGUGGCAUCUAUGUCAUUAACCCAGAGAUGGGCCGGAGUAGUUCACCGGGAGGAGAUUCGGAUGAUGGUUCUCUGAAUGAACAAGGCCAGGAGAUAGCAGUUCAGGUUUCUGUCCACCUUCAGUCAGAAACCAAAAGUAUUGAUACAGAUUCUCAAGACAGCAGUCAUUUUAGCCCACCUGAUGAUAUUGGAUCUGCCGAAUCAAACUCUUACUCCAAAGAUGGGACAUUGGAAAGCCGUCAGUUGUGAGCUAUGCCGAUACCUAAAAAAAAAAGCUCUCACAAAAAGAACCUGUUUCAUGCAGGAAAUAACAUUUUUACCAAAAGAUAACUGGGGGUUUCCCCUUUGUUAAUAUUAAGCACAUCAGAAUGUGAAUUAUUGCCAAAAUCUUUGUAAAAAUUCAGUGUUUUUCAUACCUGGUAUUUCUCAGCUUGAUUAAAUGACACACGUUAAGAUUUAAAGGAGCUUGAGAGGUAAGCAUAAUGGACAAAGUACCACACUAAGAGUUCCAUGGCUUCUCUUUUGGUCAUGGUUCUUCCAAUGGUUAGGGCUGACACUUACCCUGAGGCCUCAGUUUUCCCACCAGUAAAAUGGGGGAUUUGCAUUAGAUGAUAUCUAAAGUCAUUUCUAGCCCUGUAACUUACCUGUCCCCUUUAAACUACCAGAAUCAUUAGCACAUCUUGAAGUAAACCCUUCCCUAGACUUUAAGUCCCUUUUUAUGGAAAGGAUAAAGCUGAAACUUUAUUUUGUGAUUUAGAUUCCCAUACCAGUGCCAUAGUGCAUAGAGGUAUGGGUGU